UAAGAACCCGCCCUCUGUUCAACACGCGUGAAGACGACGCUGUCCUCCUCCUCCUCCUCCUGUGAUGCUUAUUGUGACUGACAGGCGACCGUCUUUCCUCAUGUAUGUGAUGUGACUGAACAGAGACGCAAGGAGCAGCGAUGAGUCUGAGAGAAGCAGCGAGGGGAUUGGUUUUCUUCCUUCUUUCUGUGUUAGCGGUGCAGGGUGAGGACGGCUGGCGAUUCACGUACGCUCCCACUCAGAUCUGUACCAUAAAAGGAUCUACGGUGACAAUACACUGCACCUUCAGCCACCCGUCCAGAAUAAAUGACCACGAUGUAACGGUUGAGAGAACAUUCUGGUUUACUGAAGUGCAGAACAAAGAACCUGAGGAUCUGAGGACAGACUCAAAGUACGCAGGUCGAGUGCAGAAUCACUGUGGUGAGAGCGACUGCACUCUGACCAUCACAGACCUGAGAGAGAGCGACUCGCACGUGUACGAGUUCAUGCUCAUAACAGGCCAAGGUGGGAGGUUCAUUGGUUCACCCGGAGUCAAGUUGACCGUCACAGGUUUCUCGGUGCUCAUCACAAAAACGUCAUGGUGCACAUAUCCCUCCUGUACCUGGUCAGAUGUGCAGUGUCACACCAGUUGUGUCCUGAACAAUCGUCCGUCCUAUGUCUGGUACAUUAAUGGACAAAACAAACAGAGACAAAACCUUCAUUUUACUCACAACUUUUAUUCUGAAGACAGUGUUUCCUGUGCUGUGAAAGGAUUUGAGAAUUCCCCCUCUGCUCCAGUGUGUGUCCAUGGAAAUUCAUGCAACAGAGUGAAUUACCGUGACAGAAGCAUCUGUGCCUUUAAAGGCUCAUCAGUGGACAUAUCAGUGGACUACCACAGUUUUUACAACCCCACAUCUAAAUUCUGGUUCGUUGCUGAGCCUAAUGAUCGGUGGAGGUAUGGCAAUAAAGCUAAAAUCCAAGAGCAGGUAGGUCGUUUUCAGGUCCUUGAAACAGCAGGAGGACGCUCCACUCUGAGAAUCAGCAACCUGAGAGAGAGCGACUCUGCCCAUUAUCGCUUCAUAUUCGAUCCUUAUACAUGGUGGACGAGUUUACCUGGCACAACUCUGACUGUCAAAGAUCCAGAUUUACAGGUGCAAGUGAUCUGGUCUCCCUCUGGUCCAACACUGACUUGUCACAGCAGCUGUCUUCUCUCUGAACGCUCUUCUUUUGUGUGGUACAAGAAUGGAACAAAAAUUCAGGGAGAAACAUCUCCAUCUUUCAGAGGAUUGCUUGAUCCUGGAGACUUUUAUUCCUGUGCUUAUGAGCGUCAUCGCUCUCUUCCAGUGUAUGCUCCGAAGGUUCCCUCAGUGUUGAUGAGUCACCCUGGUGACAUUUUCAAGGACAGUUCGGUGACUCUGACCUGUAGCAGUGAUGCUUACCCGCCCCAUACUUACGCCUGGAACAAAGAGAAUCAAAAACUCGGCAGUGAACCACAUCUGGUCCUCAGCUCCAUCCAGUCCUCUGACUCGGGGGAGUAUUACUGCACCGCGGAGAACGAGCUGGGGAAGACUUCCUCUAAAUACGUCUUGAUUAAUGUGAAGUAUGCUCCACAGACCUCCAUUGUGUCGGUGAGUCCCCCAGGUGUCAUAGUGGAGGGCCGUCCAGUCAAUCUGACCUGCAGCAGUGAUUCUAACCCAGCAGCUACUUUCACCUGGUACAAGGAGAGCCGAACUCUGUUUCGAGGACCAGAGGGCGUUUAUCGUUUCUCCUCCAUCAGCUCUGGGGACGGAGGGGUCUACCGCUGCAAGUCUGAGAAUCAGUACGGACAGACGAACUCCACGUCUCUACACUUAGACGUCCAGUAUGCCCCAAAGCCUCCCUCUGUGUCCGCAAGUCCCUCUGCUGAGACAGUGGAGGGCAGCUCAGUGAAUCUGACCUGCAGCAGCGAUGCUAACCCAGCCGCUAAUUACACCUGGUACAAAGAGAACAAAGACUCACCAAAAGCAUCAGUGCAGAUCUUCACCAUCGCUGACAUCAGAGCUGAACACGGUGGGAAUUAUCUCUGCGCAGCCGAGAACAGACGAGGACGCCGUCACGCCACCUUGCGUCUGACUGUUGUAACGGGUGCAUGGAAAUCAAUGGUGACUGGAACAAUCCUUGCUGUUUUCCUGCUGUUCAUACUGCUCGCUGUCUUCCUGUGGAGCAGAAGACAUAAGUCCAUCACACAACAGAGUGAGUGCAGCAAGAGAGCAGAUGGCGGCGCACAGCUGGGUCCAGUGUCUGACCAGAGACCAGCUGCACCAGCCGUGCUGCAGGACGACCUUGAAUACACCAGCAUCUGCUUCAACCAGAGCCAGACUGAUGCCGUCUACUCCAACAUCAGAUGGGUUCAUCCCCCCAGAGAAAGAGAGGAAGACAAGGAGGAGGAAGAUGGGGUUGAGUACAGUGCUGUCAGAUUUCACAGCAGUGCAACAGGAACAGGAAGUCAAGAAGAUGUGGAGCAUUCAUCUCCACUGUACAGCACAGUCAAGUUAAACUACAAGAGCACAAUGUGAAUCUGUUGUUUCAACAUGGAUUUGACAGCAUCAAGAGAACCUGAGAAGCAUAUAUUUGCUGAUAAAUAUAGUGUGUGUAAAUUUUGUAUGCUUUUUUGAAGGAUUGGUUGACCCAAAUUACAAUAUCUAUAACUUAACCAUAUGGAAGCCAUUAAGAAGGACAUUUGGUCUGUGAAAACAGGCAUAAAACAGUUUUCCAAUUUUUUUUCAAAACCCUGAAAUGCAACUAAAAAAAAAGUGUGUUAUUCCUGAGGUCAAAUUGACCCUGAUCAUAAUACAUUAUCUAUCCAAAUGUUCUAAUUACAAAAAUAUGUACUUGUAAAAGUAAACAUUUGAACACA